CCUUCACCACCAAGUCACGUGGGUAUCACGUGAGAUAUGCAAGCCUACUCCCAGAUCAGUUGCGCGUUUAUUCCCAGAUCGAGCAGAAGUGUUUUUUUCAUUGAAAGUGGUUAUUAAUUGAUUUUGGAUAUCGUAGCAAUGUCAGUGUUACAAAAACUUUCUGACGAGUUUGGAAUAAGUACCUUGGACAAAUCUAAUGACGCCACAGUUCAUGUAGAGGCUGAUGUUCAUGUUAUUGAAGAUAACUUUGAAAAUUCUCCUACUAAAAAACAGCCAAGCUGUUUAGGAGAAUCUUCUUCUUCUCCUGCAAUAAAGCAGCCAAGCUGCUCAGGAGAACCUACCAACCUACGAGCUUCGUUCGAAGAACGCCUCGUAGAAAAGCUGCUUUCAGCGCAAUCUAAGCAGUUCCACGAUAUGCAAGAGUUUGUAAUGGCUGAAUUAAACGCUUCUAAUGAGCGUUUAGAUGAACUCUUGUCUGAUGAGAUUGAUGGGGAACCACCAGCAAAGAUGAAGAAAGUGUCUGAAGAUUCUUCUGGAGAAACUGCAAAAACGUCGGAAAAUUCCAUCUUGGAAAAGUUAUCUAAACAAUUUGAUGGUAAGGAUAAGUUUGGAUUGCCGAUCGGAGAUGAGCUUGCAAAAAUUUUGAAAGCUAUGUUUACUGGAGACAAAACUAAAGCAAAUGAAGAGAAGAAACGAGAAGAAAAUUAUGAAAAAUUCAAACUUCCUCAAAAUUGUGAAAUUUUGUUGGUACCUAAAGUCAAUAAAGAAAUAUGGCGAUCAUUACCGGCAUCUGCAAGGAAUUCGGAUCUUGACAUACAAAAGCCGCAAAAACUUAUCGCAAAUGCCAUGGUUCCGAUAAUUCGAGUCGUCGACAAUCUCAUUAAAACGGACCCUCAUGGAGAUAAUGCUGGAACAAAUGAGACCGUUAAUCGGCUCAUGGAGGCCAUAUCUAUGAUAGCCAUGGCUAAUGAUGACAUCAAUCAUGUGCGCAGAAAUUGCAUUAAGCCAUCUCUGAACGUGGAAUACUGAUCUUUGUGUUCAUCACAAAAUGCCGUCACCGAUAAUUUAUUCGGUGACAAUAUCACUGAUCAGCUUAAAAGCAUUCAAGAAGCAAAUAAAGUCGGGAAGAAAAUAAGUGAAGAUCGCACAAAAUCUGGCUUUUUUCAUGGAAAUCGGAAGCCUUUUUUAGGCUCAAAAAAUUCCUGGACGAUUGGAUCCAGGAAAAGAGGAGGGGAGAAGAAUGUUCGCGGAACCUUCCGCCCCUACCGAAGGAACCUGAGCAAAGACAGUCGUCGGCAAUAAGUCAGUUUGAUCCAGCGGAUUCUGAAAAAGAUUGUGGAAGAACAAGUACCAGCUGCAAUUAUUAUUGUUCCAGACUGGCCAACAGCGAGUUGGUAUCCAUUCCUGAUGAAACUGUGUGUCGAUGCACCUCUUAUUCUUCCUCAGUCCCGGGACACAUUGGUAUUACCUCAUCGCCCUCAAGAAGAUCACAAACUAUACCCAAAGCUGCGUCUUCUGGCAUGUCACAUAUCUGGAAAAUGUAUCAAUCCAAAGGUAUUUCAGAGAAAGCAAUUCCGGUUCUUAUGAACUCUUGGAGAGCGUCAACUAAAAAACAGUAUGAUUCGCAUAUGAAAAAGUGGCUAGAAUUUCUAAAUCGCAAAUCUAUCCAGGUAUCUGAUACUUUUUCAAUAACAGUUGUCUUGGAUUUUCUUACCGAACUUUUUGAUAAAGGAUA